UCUGUGGUAUCGUCUCGGUGCGGUGCCGUCGGCGGGUGUCACGACCCCCUGCUGGGACCGGGUGUGGGUUGGAGAGGUGAUUCCUUGGUUUAGUGGAGGCUGUAGGUGUUUGGAUCUGACUGAGCUUGGAGUACGUUUUGGCCUCACAGCGUUUCUUGCGUUGGUACUGCUCUGCAUCAAGCUUCGUUGGAGUCUCAUCGUACUGCUGUUGCCAUCUACUCCUUUUUUCUCUCGUACCGUACUGGUACCACUACAGGGAGCGGCACCACGAAUCGUCAUAUCUAUUCUUGCUCUGUUCGAACAGUCCUCGUUAUCCUGGUCGCUAUCUAGACGAGCAUUCUCUUACUGUCUCCCACUCCUCUACGCUGUGAUAUAGCAUAGAGCAUUGUCAAUCAUGGCAGACAAGGAGAACAACGACCCUCGAGACUCGGGCAACGAAACCGGAGAAGAAUCCAGCCACUCAGAAUACCAACACCGCACCGUUCAACGACAGAAAAAGCAAGAAGAAGCAGUGAAGAAAGAGCAACGAGACGCCGGCCAAGAAACAAACCGCACUCGAUCAGCGUCCCGGAGAGCGCGACGCAAGCGGAUCCAGAAGGGCAUAGACGAAGGCAAAUACAUGAAGACCAGCAGUCUGGAAGCCCUCGAGGAAGCCGACGCCAACGGCGAACUGAGCACGAUGCAGGCCUUUGAGCGCAUAGGGCCCGAUAGCACAAGUAUGGAUGGUCCGGUAACGAAAGCGAGGGCGUUGAGAGGAGAAAUACCCAUGCGUGGUACAAACCCCGAUCAGCCUUACAGAAUGGAUCCGCAAGAGGCUAAGAAGGGAGGACUUGACGAGCAAGAUGGACUGAAGCUGAAGCUGGAGGCUAAUCUGGAAAUCGAAAUCGAGCUCAAAGCCAGCAUUCGUGGCGAUUUAACUCUUUCUCUGUUAUUUCCGACGACCCCAUCUUCAUGUCCCAUACCAGUAUCAAACUUCGACAACGCCGUCGCGCCUGGCCCACGUCACUUUUCCCCGCGCUUGUUCCUCUCCGUCGACAUCCUUCGCGAGCCUGCAAUGGCUGAAUUGACCUCGAAAACACGCUUUCUGCCGCCUUCAUAUGACUCGCGUGCCAUCUCACCAGGUCUGUCGCCUCGCCGUGGGCACCGCAGAUUACACUCUACCAGCGACGAGGCGCCAUACGACGUGUCGCCCGUUGCAAUCCUAGACGCAUUCUCCGAGAACGUCUUCCCAAACAACGACACAGAAGAGUACCGCUAUCUAGCCUGUGCAGAGGGUGCGAGCUCGGCGCAGAAAGGACUUGCGAUCAAAGCCGCAAAGGUCGCAAUCAGUGCCCAAGACUGGUACCUGGAGUUGAAGCGGUGGAACUGGCCAGGCAGCUUCGCACAACCAAAUGUACAGGAUGGAAUAGACACGGUGGAUAUCACCGGGAAUGAUGGCCGUGUGCAGAGGAUCCCACUGGAAUAUUGGGGGUGUUUGCCCGCAGCCAUGGUUGAGGCAUACGAAACGAGAGUAGAGGAAAUAUUGAAAGAGAUGGCAGAGUUGGAUAUUGACGAGCUCAAAGGAUACGUACUUGAUAUACAUGGCUCAAGGUCGAGACCUUCCAGCAGCUACGAGCGCCGGACACGGGCAACGCUCAACCUCAUGGAUGAUGUGAGCUUGCUUGUUACAGGAACCAUAGUCCAAGCUCUCCCGGUAUUGAACUUGCUGAAUGGACUCCUGGAUACAUGGUCAAUGCGGUUAGGGAUCUUGCGAGAUAUCCCCACCUUUCUGUCAGACUUGAACGAGGCAAAGCGCGCCUUAGAACUGGCCUGGGACGCGAUCCAGUUACCAAAAGACGAAGCGAUGGACCCACUGAACAUCAAGAAAUGGAAAGGGGCAACAGACACCAUAGCGACAGUACUAGAUGGGAAGGCCUCAAGCCUGGGACAACGCCUAGACGGCAUGUUGGACACACUAGAGGGACGAGAUGAUGUCAUCCCGGACGAUUGGAUAGAUGAGUUUGAAGCUUUGGAGACUGAUGUUGGACAAUGGAAUAGUGAAGCACGGCGAAAGAGAUUCCAACUAGACUGGUCAUGGCCUGCCAGUGCUCGACCGGACCCUGUACUGGCCACAUUACCUGAAGUCACUGAGAAGAGACGACCAACACUAACCCUCCAAGAGACUGCGAGUGGACAUCUCUUGACUCCAAGCGAGGAUUCAUCGGUACCUCUUGUGACACCAACAGCCGAAAGCUUCCCGUCUCCCCCGACCUUUUCGCCCUUGAGACAGGCCCAAUCUCCGCAAACCCCUUCGAGGGGUUCACGAAGUUUUGCAUUGGCUAGUCCCUCUACACCUCAAGCUUCUUACUCUGGAAAUACUGUGAGGGAUCAACAAUAUGAUGAUGAUAUCCUGAACAGGCCCCUUGACACAGACAAUGAGGUGGAUCCCGACAAUCUCCAGAAGACGCCAAGGGCUAGGAUGUCCGUCAACAUGUCACCGGAAAGUGGUUGGAAGCGCUCCGGCAUGGUGUGGGUAAAUGAGUCUAAUGACAAGUACGAAGAAGAAGACGAAGAGAAAUCAAGUCAAGCAGAGGCUAGACCUGUUAUGAUGAAGCGUGCCUCGACAACUUCCAUUGAGUCAUUUUCUCGGGAUAAAGUAAAGACGGUCACGUUAUCACGACAAAACUCUACUAGCUCCAUAGCUUCAGGACGCCGUAGCAUCAGUGAAAGACGUGUGUCCGUGGGAUCUGCUAGUAAGGAGAAUGUUGCCGCUUCGAGUGGACGCCUUGGGAGAAGCUCCGUGUCGCUUCCAUUCACUGAAGAGGAGGACGCAAGACCUGUAUUUCCACAAAGUUCGCCAAGCAGACCGCAAACACCCGAUUCGAGUCCACAAACGCCUGAUCGUUCAUCCUCACCAGUCACACCAUCUCGUUCACCAGAUGAUGUAUUUGGCAACGAGUCCCCUUCAUUGAGACCUGGGAGACUAAAUCCUUUACGCGCCCAUCCACCUCUCAAUGCGUCGAUCAAGAAGUUUCGAAGGGCAGAGGACCGUAGUAGUGAGAGCCCUACAGACUCCCUGGGAGCUCCGCCAAGCGUAUUGCUAUCCGAAAGUGAAAAUGGGGGCUCCGUAUCCCAUCCUGCCUCGCUGAACAAGACUCGACAAGGCCGUAGUUAUAGCACUACUUCUAACGCCGAGCUGAACAAACAGAUAUCGGAAAUCUUGAGUUCUGUUCCUGCAAAUAUUCGACUGACAACAGGGGCGGUGGAGUCAGAUGCAACAUCUUCUGUCGGCGCCCAAAACAAGUCUCCUCGUUCAAGCUCUGGGUCGCAUAGAUUUUCAGCCUCUACACUGUUCCGCUCGUCACGUUCUGCUGUCAAGUCUCCUGAGAUGACUCUCUCUCCUGUCAAGAACGACGAGUUACCCUCCCUACGCCGACAGGGUGGUUCUGAGCACUCGGACAUCAAACUAUAUCAUCUCAUCCAACCAGGCCGCGACAAGCCCAUUAAGUUGUUCAUUCGCCGCGUGGGCGACAAUGGAGAGCGUGUCAUGGUUCGCGUCGGUGGCGGCUGGGCAGACCUCGGUGACUACCUCCGUCAAUACGCAGGCCAUCACGGACACCGUACUGUCUCGGAUGGGAAGUUCGAGGUUCUCGGUCUUAAUAUUGAUCCAGCUUCAGGCACAUCCAGCGUCACUCCACAAGGCACACCGACAAAGACGACCUCCAGGAGCGUAUCGCCCCUACCGGGUGCGGCAGCAGCCCACAACGGGGCCAUCAUUGCAGCACAAACAGCUGCUGCAAAUCACGCGUUGACUCCAGGCAGCGCAACCGCACACAUGUCCUCGCGUCUCGUCAGCGGCAGCCACGCAAACACGCCAGACUCGGUGAGGAGCGAUACAUCGCGUGGCUCAUGGCGUGACGAAGGUAACGUAGGUCUUGCGGGCCCGGCAGCGAAGAAAAAGCUGGAUCUCAGUGAAGAGAAGUUGGAAUGGAUCGACAACAUGAUGAGCCAGGCACGGCGCAUCAGCGGCGGCGUGAAAGACGGAAAAGAUUUGGGGAGGGAUGGCAAGGACAAAGAAGGUGUACAGGACUUGGGAAGAGUCGGUGGGACGAGGAGAGUGUUUCUGAGGGGCACUGGGAAUGGCAGUGGGCGUGAAAGCGCGGCUGGAGACAGAAGCGGGAAGGAUCACUGAAAGGGAGGGCAAGAUAUGGGCGCAUUGAUACGGAGUAUUGAAGAGGUAUGCAUACAUGGCGUGGCCGGAGUCCUGCUUUGGGAUUUUGUAUAAUGGAUGGCACAUGCUUGAUCCUGCAAUGAUGCGGCGUUGGACUUAACGCACAGCAUACAUAGGAGGGCGUUGGUCGAUAAGGGCAGAGUGUGGCACUAGCAAUACGGAGUCUUCGGUCUUGGUAAAUCUGCUAUACUUGUUGGAAUAGGCGCGAAUUCGUCUUCAUUAAGCUCUUACACACUAUCUAAUCUUAAUCAACACAAUCUGGCUGAUCGUUUCCUUCAUCGCCGGAUUCUAUCUUCUACCUUCAAUGUAAUUAUCUGGUCUCAUUGCUAUUUAUGGCAUCAUUUAUACUCAUACAUGG